CAGCGACGCCGCACAUCCAUACUAGCACACACAAAGAAUGAGAAUCUACGAUCCCAUUCCCGGGACUCCCUCUCUCUAUUCAUUCCUGUACCGGGAAGCAAUAAGUGCCUCGAUACCCACGUGACAUUGAAAAUAGCGCGAUCCUACUUAACUUAGCGCCGGCCGACGGAUCUGAGUCACCCUCGAACUCCAACGCCAACUCAGACAGGCUUUCAGUUUCACACCCCUACCAAUAUCCACCCACAGAGAUCAGCCUCGGCUUGUUACUUGUCAUAGAGACAAUCGACGUCCGAACCAUGACCGGAAAUGCUGUGGCCGGUUCUUCUUGCUCAUUUAGUUUGUUUCCCAUUCUCCCAGCUGAGCUUCGGCUCCAAAUAUGGGAAUCGGCGCUCGCGAUGCAGGAGCCACGCGUGCUCAACAUCUUUGUGAAAUGCCACGAUCCAAAGCGCUUUUUCUCGCCACCUUCACGGCUCACCAUGCUGAACAAUGAGUAUCUGCGGAGGACGGACAUGGUCAGCACUCUGCUCGGCGUCAACUCCGAGUCGCGCUAUGCCGCCCUAGCGUACCUCGCCGCCCACCCGGCCGACGAGGCCCGCAAGGCCUUGCUCUGGCGGUCCAAGAAGGCCCAGAGAUGGAAGGGACUCUACAAGCUCGGCGUCGACCUCCUGCAUCUCCGCAUCGAUCCGAAGCGAGACGCCCUGUUCCUGAACGGCCUCGACCUCGAGCCCAUCCUCCACCAGGACGGCGCCCCGACCGGGCAAUUCCGGCGGAUCCCACCAGACGCCGCCAACCCGAUACUGGUCCUCCUCCCCCGGCGUUUGAGCGAACAAGAGCAAGGCGGAACCCUCUAUCCUGACGGAGCCCGGAGAAAUAUUCGUGAGCUGGAAGGUCCCGAGCGCACCUUCACCAGCCGGUUCCGGACCGUCAUCAUGCCCGUCCACGGCCUCAUCGACCCGUGGGGGCGCGAGGGCGUGCUGGAAAACCCCAUGUUGCCACCCUUCGAUCGACUGGCGGGUUACCAUACCAUGUUAAGGGAGAUGGCGCUCAAGACGUUCAUUGCCGUCGUCGGCCACUACCGCGGCCGCAACCUGCAGCUGGCCGACCUCGACUUCAUUCCAGAGUCGGAAGUGGCGCGCAUCGUCAAGGAGCACGAGGCGGGGAGCACGAGUGGUGGUGGUGAUGGUGGUGGUGGUCGUGGUGGUGCGGUCCGAAGCAUCUUACACCGUGACGUCCUCGUCAUGACGGCUGUCUUCCGGGAAUGGAUGCGCUGCGGCCGGAUUGUGCAUGACUGUGCGGCGCGGAGGUGUCCGCAGAUCGACUACGGGCCCUUUAGGCGUCCGGCGCUGCGCUUCGCCCGGGUGAAGGAGGAGGUUUUGGCUAGGUUGUCGCCGCAGGACCAAUAUUUCGGCAAUGAUGGGAGUACUACUAUGUGGACCAAGGAAACACGGCGCGGUGGGACCAUGCCCGCUGAUGAAGUAAGCGUGAACGCAAUAGAGGAGAUGCAGCAGCUACUCCUACCGUCAUAUGAUUAGUAGUCGUAGACUGAGACUGGAUUGGAACUGCAUCAGUUGUGGUUAUAACCUAC